AUGUCUGAUAACGACAAGGAGCCUAAUGGCAAGAGGACUAAUUUGGAAGUUUGCAUUAAGCUCCCAGCAGGACUGAUCAGUGCUGGCGCUUCUAAGAAGAAGAAACAGCAGCCUCUUACUGAGGUACAAUUUCAAUUUUCAAGAGAGGCAAAGGUCCAAGACAUUCUAGAUGUUCUUGCUGUAACUUAUGCUACCAGAUAUCUAACCAAUAUUGAUCUGAAAUUCGGUAAGAGAAUUUUGAAAGACUUUCAAAUUCUGGGCGAUAUUAUUGGCAAUGAACUUUUUUUGAACCUACAAAUUGUUUUGAAGCCUUAUUGUACCAGAGAUGUUUUGAAGCAUGUCUUGACUUUGCGUGAAUAUCUAGGAUUCUCUCCCGAAACCAUAGACGGAUUAUCUGAAUUCGCUGCGUCUACAAGCUCAAAGUUUCAGCAAUUGGGACUAUCUGAUAUCAAGCGGAAUCUGGAGCAAGAUGAAGACGAAUCUGAGGAUUCUAAACUGUCAGAAAAACAUGUCUUAAAGGUGUCAGAUUCAGAAAAAAGUGAUUUUGAAAGAACUGUAAAGGAGAUUCUAAGUGGCAUUAACCAUUCUAGUGUCACGGAAGUAAAUGCACCUGAAAGUAAUAUUAUUACCCCAUGUUUGCGUUCAUUGAGUCUUUCUGCUUAUAAUCCAGUUCCGCCAUCAUACAAAUCAGAAGGUCAUUUAUUAUAUUUACAAGCUGGCACUUUAGAGGGUGAAAAUUUCCAUAUUACAGCCUCUACCUCUGGGUUCUUCAUCAAUAAAUCAACUUCAACUUCUUUUGAUCCUGUUCCAAAGGAGUUCGCAAAUGAAGGCAAAGUUUCAUCACAGGCGAAACACACGUUAUUUGAUUUAUUAGCCCUGCGUUCCAAGAAGCUGAUUUCUCAUGUAAACGAUUUUGAAAAGAAAGUUCGAGAUCUAAAUCCUAUCGCCUACAUCAAACCUGUUAACACAUUUUUGCAUAAACCGUGGAUGGUUUCAACCUCAACUGUUCACAGCGGUGAUUAUCUGCGCAUGCAAUUGGAUUCGCUAUCAUUUGAGACUGAGAGAAAUUUCAACGACGAAUUUCAGGCAGUCAAGGACUUGCCUGCAGAUACCCUUCAGGCACGUAUGGACUCUGAAAAAUUAUUGGCUAAAAUUAUUAGCGAAUUUACUGUUGUUGCAACAAAAGGUGCAAUGUCUAUCUUUUAUGGCGAUUUCGUUGCGAUGAAUCCAGAUGCCACAAAGAAUGAACAGAUUUUCUUAAAGGACAAUAUUUUCUACUCAUUCGUUAGCGAUGUUAAUGGUGCAUUUGAGUCAAAAGGUGGUCAUGAAGCAGCAAUAGCAGCAUCAAACCAAGACUUGAGAAUCAUCAAUUUGUUAAACCGUGUGGGUACUCAAGAGAUUCGCUAUUUAUUGUCUACAAUUGUCGAGUUUUGUGGUAGGAGAAUUUUGGCUCAAACACCUGUCCCCGGUCUAUUAAGCACCAUGGGUACUAAAAAUUACAGAGAUCCGGAGACAGGCGAGGAUCUAGUUGAAGAUUUACCAAAUGACAUUUCUGUAAUGUAUGGUUAUGAUGAGUCAACCAGGAGAGUAAUUUCAAAUAAAGCGUUUGAUGAUGCGAUUCAAAAGGAGCUUGCGAAAGUCUUUCAUUUAAAGUCUCAUGAGAUCGAUGGCUCUGGCAUUACUCUUUCUUCUCAAUCUAAGGGGAUCAUGGGAUUCGAUAAAAGAAAAUACGUUCUUGAUUUGGCAAAUACAUGCCCAUUAGAUAUCAAUUUUGUCAGAGACCACUAUGAUAAUGUUGACGUUGAAAAACAGUAUCCCCAUAGGCAAACUUUAUUGCGCCCUGAACUAGUUGAGAAAUGGUGGCAGCAAAAGAUACAAAAAGAAGGUUUGGACUAUAAUACUGCAUACGAAGACAACAAAUUCUCCUUCAAUCCUGACGCUUAUCAAGUAGAAGGUAUAUCAGACGGAACUGUAGAUGAAAUCUCGGAUUAUUUGCGUGAUGUUAUCCUGCCAGGUAUUGUUGAGGAUUACUCGACAGGAAAUGUUACUGCUCCUUAUGAUGGAGAGCAUGUUGUUGAGAAUUUACACAUUAAUGGUGUCAAUGUUCGUUAUCUUGGUACACUAAUAGAGUUAGCUAAGAAAUGCUUAGAUGAUCAAAUAAAGAAGUAUCAAAGUCACUUGAACGAUGUUGCUGAAGGGAAUAAAGAACACGAAGAAUGGGAAAAAGAGUAUUUGAUCAAGGUUGAAAAAUUGAUUAAGGCGAGACAAGAAGAGAUCAACAAAUAUGUUCAAGAAGGCAAGGAAGUACCAAAAGAGUUAACCGAGCAAAUCAAGCUACCUGAAGAGGAGCUCAGGAAGCCAACUAAGGAAGCACCUUUCAUUAUUAAUAAAGAUGAGUUGUUACCUUUGAUCCAUGCAUCUGAGAUUGAGAUUAUCUCUAGAUCUAUAAAACAUAUCUUAAGAAAGCACAGCAAGAAUAUCCCUCUCUCUUUGGUUCCAGCUCUCAUUGCUUUCGUAUUCAAUUUGGUUUUUGGAAUCGGAUACAAUAGCUCACCUUCAGCAGAAACUGGAGACGGUUUGAACGGCUAUGAAUUUUGCACCUUGACUCGCUCCAGUUUAUUGGAAUCCAUCUCUGAGCAGGCAUUCCUUCGUUUCCGAUAUGUAUUACCUUCCAAUUGGAUUGAGAAAUAUACGGCUGCCCCAUUCGCUUUAAUUAGAUCUAUUUGUUAUCAGUUUGGUAUACAACUUGCCAAUAAGGAUUACUUUUUCAAUAGAGAGCAAUUAGAAAUUGCAAAGCAAUUACAGGAGAAAAAAUCCAGGUUUUUGGAGCCCUUAGCAACAUUUUCAGCGGAAGAUGUUACUAUCAUUCCACGUGUGAAGAGUGCCGAAUAUGACUCUAUCGUGAGUGAUGAACUUUGGGCUCAGGGAGCUGCAACUAUCGAAAGUGAUCAGAAUACAGCUUUGAGCCUUUUGUCCCAAUCUGUCACUAUAAGAGAGGAUAUUUCUUCCACUUUAUCUAAGAGUGUUGCAGAAAAAAACUUAUCACUUUCCACAAUUUACAACAAUGUGGGUUUGCUUCCAGAGGCAGUAAAUUUUGCCCGCAAAGCCUGUAUGAUCUACGAGAGAGUAUGUGGCAUUGAUUCUUUUGAGGUGCUUCGCUCUUUAUCAAAUUUGGCUGUAUUAGAACUAUCCAGUGAAAAUGUCCUAAACACUGCUUUGGUUUAUAAAAGAAUUAUAAGCACAGUUCAAAGUUUCAACUUGGUCGCAGUUCACCAUCCCAUUGUAAUUAGUGCACUAAACAGCUUAGAGCAGCUCGCACUCGGCAUUGAAAAUCCUAGACUAGCGAUUGAUAUUUUGAAACACCUGGCAGAAAUUAUUGUGUCUUUGGAUAGCGCGGACUCGUUGGAAUUUGGAUAUGUUCAGUCCCGUAUUGGUAACAUAUAUGCUUCCAUGAACAUUAUGCCUCGCGCUUUGGAACAUAUCUCUUGCACUAAAGACAUAUUCACUACUCAAUUAGGUAUGAACCAUGAACUAUCUGUGCAAGCCAAACAAUGGAACGAAGGACUGAAUAAUUUGAUGAAAACUAAGCAACAACAAAAAGCAUUGCAAGACGAGCAAACAAAAAGUAAUAACACCGAAGGAAAAGCUCAAAGGAAAGAAUCUAAAAGCAUAGAUGAAGGACCAAAUCCAGAGUUGGCUGAUAAGUCAGUGGAAGAGUUGUUGAGCUUCAUUGAAGGUGAUUCUCAAGAGUCUUCAAAGAAGACAAAGACGAAAAAAAAUAAAAAUAAAAACAAAAAAAAAUGA